UCCCAUGCGCCGACGACAUCCGUGCAGCGACGUUGUUAUUCUGCAAUACGUGCAGCUACGAACCACGUGGGGUCGGCGACUACAACGAUAUGGUUGUGUUUCAACCGAACGGAUACCUGCACGCGGAUGGCGGGAUAUCGCUAACAUAAAAGACUACACCCACAAACACACGCAUGCUUCGUGUGAAAACUGAACGUCAGUACUGAUAUAGGAGCUUCGAACUGCACGUUUACGGUAAUCUAUUGAAGUCAGGUGCAACGAUCUAUGACCGAAAUUACAGAGCUUUAAAACCAACACCAACAACAUCAACAACAAAGAUAAAGAAUGAUUGCCAAAUCAUUUGAUGAAAUCGUUCCCGGCUGCUAUGUCACGUCUUAGCAAGAAUUACUUAGUCUUAGUGUUCUGCGAUACGCUCUGUUGUCGGCUAUAAUAUGUGCAAAACGUUUCUGCGAGAUAGUUCAAAGUUUGUACCCAACUGCCUUGCCUGGCCAUUCUCGAGAUCUGUGGAACUCUGCAAAGAGAAAUUUUAAGACAGCCAAAUGGAAUCGCAACGUUUAAAGGUCGUCUCUUGGAAUCUUGAAUAAGGCGAUUGUCUGAAUCUUGGUGUCGAAUGGACUUUGUGAAGGGAUUGGCGAUCGUCGCUUGUAUCGUCCUAGCAAACCUAGUCAUCACCGAUGCUCGGAGACGAAGACAGGUUCUGUCGUACGAGGACCAGCUGAUUCGGAAGAUCCUCAACAAGUACAAGAUGCGAGGCAAGUACAGCCGCCCCGUGGCCAAGUUCAACGACACGAUCACUGUCUACUUCGCCCUGCAGAUGACGCAGAUCAUGGACCUCGACGAGCAGGACCAGAUACUCACACUCAACAUCUGGGACCAGUAUGUGUGGCAGGACAAUGACGUCAAGUGGAACAAGUCUGAGUAUGGUGGAGUGGACAAAGUGAGGAUUCCCUGGAACAAGAUCUGGCUUCCUGACAUAAAACUACACAACUAUGCAGAUUACCGACUUGAUGAACACAGAAAGGUCCUGUGCGUGUUCGAACACAGUGGUUCUAUCCUGUGGAUGCCUCAGGCGGUGUACCGAAUAUCGUGUCCAAUAGACGUGACGAACUUUCCCUUUGACGUCCAGAACUGCACCCUCAAGUUCGGCUCGUGGACGUAUGACGGGAGCCAGCUAGAUCUGAAGUUCCUGGACAACAAGAACUACAUCGAUCUCACGGCGUAUGUUGAGAGCAAUUCCUGGAUCAUCAUCGACGUCCCUGCGAUACGGAACGUGCAGAAGUACACGUGCUGUCCCGGGACAUUCAUAGACCUGCGUUACAACCUGAUCUUCCAGCGGAGAGCGACCCUCUACAACUACAUCCUCAUCCUGCCGUGCGUGCUGCUCACAUCCAUCACUCUCGUCCUCUUCUGGAUCCCGCCGGAGUCGCCGGCCAAGAUGCAGCUUGGCCUGACGGUGUUUAUAGCGUUUUUCAUCUUACUUAAGAUCUUAGAAAAAAAUUUGCCACCAGGUACAUCGACAAUGCCUUUACUGGGCACUUACUACUGUCUGAACAUGAUCCUCAUCACCCUGUCUGUGUUUCUAAACGUCCUCGUGGUCAACCUGGCAGCGUAUGGACACAGAGCCAACCUCCCAGCUCCUGCGAAACAGGUUCUCUUUGAUGUGUGUGCCAGACUUCUGAUGAUGGGAGAUCUCGUGAAGCCUCUUCAGCAGGACAAAUCACGAGACGAGGCUGUAGAGUCUAGUAUUGCUGAUGUGACUGCUGACAACGCGAUUAGCCAGGACCCUAAAGCUCCUGUAGACGUUCUACCUCCUCCAUCAAAGGAUACGCUGAACCAGUUGGGCCACCUGACGGCGAUAGACAAGAAGUUGUGUGAGAUGAAGGACUUCACGAAGAUCUUGAAGCGAAGAAUCUCAGACAAAGACAGGCGAGAGACUUUAAUCAAGGAGUGGAAGGCCAUCGCGUUGAUACUGGACCGGAUCUUCUUCGUCUUCUAUCUCCUGUUCAUAUUUAGCUGCUUGGUUGUGAUACUACCCAUGCUGACGUACACAAAAAUACCCGAGAAUACCAUGUUAAAAAUCGCCAAAGGUGAAACCUGAAUCUCGCUAAUAAAACUGUGAUUGCUUAUUUGGCAUAGAACAAUUGGAACAUAUUGUUGUCGCAUGUUGUGACAGUGAUCCCCCCACCCAUACCCCCAUUUCUCAACGAAAAAAUACUAAAGCUGAUAUAAAAUGGGCAUUCCUGUUUUAACCGUGAUUCUUGCGUGCACACUGGACUCUCCUUUGUACAGAGAUACAUUAGUAUACAUAUACUACCAUGAUCGCGAUUAUGCAAAGUUUGAUAGUCCCAUUGUGUACAUAGCUCUGUGAUGUAUGAUAGGGUAACAUAAGUGAAAAUAUUCUUGUUUGUAUCGUGCGAAAUUACUGUAAUGUUGGUUGUAUGAAUAAUGAAUCAAAUUAUGACUGUGAUCGUGUAUAACAUGAUGAUCAAAGGAGGUUAAGUUGACCAACUAAGGUCAAGUUGACCUAAGACAAAAUUUAUUAUUUGAUGUCAAGUUGACUUAAGGAAAACCGUAUUGCUAGGUCAAGAUGAACUAUGAAAACCUAUUAUAUCUGAACCGGAACACGGAAAUCGUGCUUGAAUUCCCAGUAGGUGUCUCUCAUUCUGUUUGUUUGUCUGUCUGCCAGUUUAUAUGUCUAUCUGCUUGUGUUUUCUGUUUGUCUGAGUGGUAAUGUAUUAAAAGCAAUACCCAUA